GUGGGGGGAAAGAACUCAGCGCUGGACUUUGAAGCCUCGGUGUUCACAACUCUCUGCCUGUGCAGCCCGUCUAUUUUAAGCACGCUUUUUCUCUAUUGAAGUUUUCUAUGCUUCGCCGCUCACAAAAUAUAACUACUAGUUGCUUUAUUAUUUACAUUUACUGAAUCGAAACCAAACAGCCACAGAAAGGAGACAGGAACACGGAUCUGAAAGUAGUUUAAUUGAGCAUACAAUAGACAGUUAAAGGCUUGCACGUGAUCAACCGUCAAUAAUUUUUUUCGAGAUUAAAGUCCAUGCGGAUGGCAUUUUCCAGAUCCCAGAAUUCCUGGUUUUCGGUACAAGCAACCUCCAAAGCCAAGCGAUAUCCGUGUGGGUUUUCCUGUAAACUAGCAAACAAUUCAUACUAUACCACCGUGAAUACCAAAUCUGAGGAUAAUGCGGACAUCGGCGAUUCGCAUGCUGACCAGGGAGUGCUAUGCCCGUUCGACCGGUAGCAUCUCCCACUCGGCAGUUCUGAAGCUGUCGCCGUGCAGCUUUUCGCUAUUCAGAUCGACAGGAGCCACUGCUUGGAGUUUGUCUAGCAACGCCCAAGUGCGGCGGCUAUUUUCUUCUAUGCAUUGCGCUGCGCGUAGCAGCAAGGGUGUGACGCUUGCGUCGGCGACGGCUCGAUCGGUAACUGGACUACCUUCCAAGCAUAGAAAGACGCACUUCAGCCUGCUUGAAUCACCAUGCCCGUCUGGUUUGGUUGCUGUUUUUGAACCUUGCAGACAAAGCCGGGGAUAUGCGACAUACACAACGACCUCGAACGAGAGCAGCAGCAGUGGGAAACCCAGCGGACCGCCAAAAUCGAGCUUUGUCCAGACUUUUGCGCGAUUCAUUGCUCGAUCUACCUCGUUUUUGUUUUACUGUGCCGUUGUUGGUGUUGGUCUUGGAUUCACUGGUCUUGCGGGAUACUACUUCGUGACAACGCUUCUGCUUCCAAGUAGCGACAUCCAACUACAGAACAAAGCCGAGAGUCUCAUCUCCGCGCACCCAGAAUGCCAAGCCGCUCUUGGUUCGAAGCUCUCGUUCUACGGCGAGUCCUCGUCAAAUCGAUGGUCGCGCAAUCGACCGGUCGCUACCAGCCGCGGAAUCGACCAGUACGGCGUCGAGCAUCUGUGGAUGCGGUUUUAUACCAUGGGAGACCAGAAGGUUGAGGGGACUGUUCAGGCGGAGCUGCUGAGACCCAAGGAUGGGUAUAGUUUUGAUUUCAAGUACUUGACUGUUCAAGUUGGUGACAAGCGGAUUGCUGUUAUAGAGGAUCCCGCGCUGGUUAAGAAACAGCGCAAGGCUUCCGGUAACGGUCAUGGCAUAGAAUUCAUGGGCGUCCGGAUCUGGCCGUUAAAGUGAUGAACAAUAGAGCAGAGUGAUUGAUUUCUUUUCCUCCCCGAUCAUCUAUCUGUUCACUACUCCAAAUCCAUCAUCUAAUAAAAAGCAUAACGCUCAAAGCAAAUAUCGCGUAAUGCACCCACAAAGACUGAACUAUUGCUCAGUGAGCCCUAAACCGCUACUACUGCACAAUUGAUCAGGAACCUGCGGGAAUCUUCUCAAUUCAUUACAUAAGCGAACGUGCGGCUGAGGCCGUGUCAUCAGUUUCGAGAUAUCGCCAUCGUGACCUGGUCGCUCAUUGUCAACAGGUCCCGAGCGCUAUAAAUACGCCUGCUGCGUCUCGUUCUGUUCGGGUUCUCAUAUAUAUACCUCUUGAUUGAUAUUUCUUAUUGUUGAAUUAUAUUUGUUAAAAGAAUCAUUAUGGCGGCUGCAAAGGACGGACUUCUCAACGUGGGC